AUGGGACUUUUCUUAGUGGCCAAUUUUGACCCCAGCUCUCAUGCCCCCGGCAGGUCCCCGACACUGUUAGCGUGGAAACAUGGGCUUGGGCCCGGGAGUUGGAGCGACUGGGAUUGGACCAGUAGUCCCCAGUUGUGUUUCGAAACGGGCGUGCGGCAUACGCCUUGGCGAGCUUUUAAGCUGUGCCGCUACGCAAAGUACCGCGACAGCACGUAUCAGUAA